UCAGCAUAAACAUACAGACAUAUACACUUGUGCUAGCUGUUGAUUAUCAUCAUCAUCAAAUGGGUUCCCAACAUUCAGUUAUCAAGUUUGCUAUCUUCUUUAUUGUGCUCUUCGCCACGACUAACGUGAUAGCCGCCCUUCGGGAGUUGCCAGCAGAAGUAUCAGUGCUGAAAAUGAAGCUUUUCCCUAAUACUCUUGGAGCUUGUGGUUAUCCUUGCGCGGAUGGCUGUUCCUGGCCCUGCCCGUGCUGUAAGGAUUACUAUUACUGGAGCGGGGGUAAAACUUACAAAACCGACAGAUGUGAACCGCGUUCAAUGUUUGUGUUCGGCAGUUGUGAUUAAGCCAGAAGAAGAUUAUAGGGAGGCCUACAUACCUACCUACUUAUCUACCUAUCUAUCUCAGAAUUUCAUGCUUUGGUUAUUAAUUAGUAGAACUACAAAUAAAAAGUUAAAUAUGGGCCGCUAUGGUCCAAGCGUGGUUGUCGUGCAUGUACGUUUGUGUUUUGUUCUAUAUGAUUGUAGUCAGUCAAGUAUGUAAUGAUCCAAGUGUUGUCCUGAUGAGCGUGUUUAGUUCUAUCUUUGUAAUGAAGAAAUUAAAUAUGAAUAAAGUCGUCUCCUCAUGGUUUGUGAUUA